AUGGCAAGCACCGUGGCACAACAUCGUCAGCAUCUUGCUUCUCUUCUUCUUUUCCAAUGGCUAGCAAUAAUAUUGGCUGUUGCCCGGGGACUCGAUCCUGUUUGUGGGGAGGCGCUCGGGCACGAAGGGCUUCCCUUAAGAAGAACAGACACCGGAAGCCACAGCAGCGGCAAGUCCAAGGGGAGUACCCACCACGUUCCUCUUUCAGAGAUGACGUUCUGGUCGUGGAUGUCUUACCUGAAGGACUUGCCGGACAUAGAUGAGAGCAGGAGUCCUGUUUUAAAGCGCCUGCUUAGUGGGAGCAUCCUGCGCCGGGACGGAUCCACAAGCGUCAAUAUCCGCGUGCCCGCUAAAGAGUUAGUGAGAUUACUUUCUCUCUCAGAAGAACAGGAAAAAGAGGGUGUAAGCGUGAAAGUGCGGCUCAUCAAUUUGCUUGACCCAAAGUAUUCAGUGUACGAAGCAUACUUGUACAGAGAAGUCCUGCCGAAGAAAAGCCCUCUGUUACUGCCGUCCCUUGGCGAGUUCAGAGGGCCUUUCUUAACGUACAUCUUUCAUCCUUUAACGAAAGGCCUCGUAGGAGACAUGCUUGAGACAGGUCGCUCACUACCCGAUUUGCAGCUUUUAGCUGCCAACAUGGUCGCUGGCCUGCAUUCUCUUCACAAAUUGGGUCUGCUACACCGAAGUAUUGAAUUGAACAGUUUCUGUAUAUUGUCGGAUGGAAAGGUGGUCCUUGGUGAAUUACAGACGGCAGCGCCAAUAGGGACAGAAUCAAGAGUGUGGGCGGGGCUCCUUGGGCGGGAAACAGCCCCGGAAAUUGACAGGAAUUUUCUGGCAGAUUUUGCGCUGACACAAAGCCGCCACACAGUGAAGAGUGAUGUGUACUCACUUGGUGUCGCAUUCCGCAACCUUCUACAACUGGUAGGGAACGGGAGUAUGGGGCCAGACGACGGCGGUAUCGUGAGGCGAGACCACGUGGAACGUUUGGAUAGGCUUAGCCAGAAAAUGAUCGACGAAGAGCCCGCCAACCGGCCAAACCUUGAGCAGAUCAUGAAGGAUCCUCUCUUUGAGGGGCUGAGCUUCCAAGAAAUCGAGGAAGGAAUAGUCAGGCCGUUUAGACACAGGCAAGAACGACUUUAA